UGUUUUAGAUUGUUUUACGUUUUUCGAAGAUGGCGGAAAGCAAAGAAUCAGUGACGCUUCCCGACGGAAGGCCAAUUGAAUCCCUCAGAGUUGUUGAUCUCAAACAACAACUGAAGAAAUAUGGUGUGUCAGUUAAUGGUAGCAAGAUUCAGCUAGUGGAUCGUCUUAAAGGGCAAAUUUACCUAGAGGAGUUGAAGCAAGCCCCUGUCCAUGAAGGAGUGCCCAAUCAAGAUAUUGUUGACGAUGAGUCUGUUGCAUCUAAUUCCUUCAUCCAGCAGUACCUUAAACAGCAACAGGAGCAGCUGAAACAGAGACAUGCUACUGUAGAUAAUGAAGCCAAGGCUGACAAGGGUGAUAUUCCUGAAGCGCUGGCCAACCAGGUAGAUGAGCUGAACCAAUCCUUGAGUCGUAGCCAGUCAGAGGAGGCCGAGAAGGAACCAGAAGAGGCUACAAAUGGAGAAAGCACUGCGGACAAAGACGUCGAAACGGCUCCAGAGGAACAAUCUCCUGCCAGUAGAUCGUCCAGAAGAUCCCGCAGACAGAGUUCAAAGCAGGACGAAGAGGCGGAGGUGGAGUCAGAGACAAGGAAGACUAGAAGGAGGAACAGCUCCAGAGGUAAAGACCAGGAGGAGGAGCAAGAGGAGGUGAAGGAGCCACCCCAGGAAGUAGAGCCAAUGCAGCCUAUCAUCAAGGAAGUCGAAAAGAAUGUCCAGGUAGAGGCAACUCAGGAUGAGGCACAGAAGGUAGCUGAACCUUCAGCACCAAAAGAGAAGGUGGAUGAAGUCGAGCCUACUCCAACUCCAGAUGCUAAAAAUGAAGCUGCAGUGCAGAUGGAACAAGGGAAGAAACCAGAAGUGGAGGAAGCCAAAGAUAGUGGCUCUAAGGUCGAGCAGACAAGCGCUCGUAAAGAUGUGAACCUCCCAGAUCAGGCAUCUUCCAAACAGAUGGAGGCAGGACAGGACAAACCUACAGACAUCAAGGAAGUCACAGUCCGUUCAAAGCCAGAGGCAAGAGAGCAAGCCAAAACGGAACCAAAACCUUCAGGAGAAGUUGCAGAGGAUACUGCCAGCCAAGGCCAAGCCACCAACCAAGUCCAAGUUGCGACAGAAAAGGCGGCAAGUCAUGACGAAACCGGCAAAGCUCCUGAAACCAAGGAAGAACAGCAGAGCGAGAGUAAGCAGUUCCCUAGUCAAAAGAGGGUGAAGCUGAACAGGUCUGCCAACCUCAGUCGAAGCAUGGGAUCGAAGACUGGAGAAGAAGAGAAGAAACCUGAGGAAACUCAAGAGAGUGUACCUGAGGUUUCCGAAAAAGGAGAUGUACCUGCAAACAAGAAUGAGGAUAUGAAGGAUGAACCCUCAGCUGAGAAGUCUCCUAGAAAGCGUGUUACACCUCCUGAGGAUGCUGGUGAUCAGGAUCAGCCAGAUACCCCCUCAAAACGCCGGAAGACAGAAUCAGACAAGGAAGAUGCAGUGAAAGGAUCAGAAGAAAGUUCCCUUCCAGUUACCAGUCCUAGCAGGGAAGACGGAGCAGCUGCCCCUGAGGAGAAACCCGUUUCCAUGACGAUGGGCACAGACGAGGGAAAGGAUGCUGCAUCCGCGGAGACUCUGGAGACGAACGAAACGGAAGAUGGGGAGAUCAGAGAAGAAGGAGAGGUGAUGGAAGCGGAACAGUCGGUGGAAAGUAACAAGGAGAAAGAGAUGGAAUCAGCCCCUGGCAAGGUUGAACAGACAUCUCGUUCCAGGUCCUACACUAGCGUGUCAUCGGCUCCCGUCAAAACUAAGAGACAUUCCUUCUCAUCCAAGGAUAAAACCAAGGAGAACGACGGAGAGGAAGACAAACCAGAAGCUCCUCAGGUUAAGAAGAGACGCUGGGGAUCAACCAAGAAGACCACUACAGAUGAUACCAUGAAGACCAAUGUCAACAUCAGUACACAGCUUCUCAAGGACAUCAUUCCAGAGAUCAAGGUCCCUUCGGCUGAUCUGGAGUUGGACCUGGAGCCAGAGGGAGACCUAGAGGGAGAAGAGGCCAUGGAUGUGGGUGAGGUCAAGGAGACCAAGAAAGAGGAGGAGGACCAGGAGGAGGAGGAGAAACCGAUGCCCAUGGAAGAUGAGGAGACCUCUCAAGAACCUCCCAAGAGAAAGUUCAUCAGGCAUACCAUCACUGCUCCUGGCGAUCUCAAGAGUGCUCCGAAGGUUGCUCUGCAAGAUGAAGAGAGCGACAUCGACUACGAAGAGGACGACGAUGAGGUGGUGACCAGGAAGGUCCAACAGAGAGACGAUGAUGACGGAGAGAAAGAAGAGAAAGAAAACGGAGAUGAGGAGAGUGAGAGUAGCAGCGACGAGGAAGACAACAAGGAGGAGACUGGAGAGGAUGGAGAGAAGGAAGGGGAGGAGGAUGGGGAGAAAGAAGAGAGGAAGAAAAAGAAGAAGAAGAAAGAAAAAACACCCAAAGAUGAAGGACAAGAAAAUAAGCAACCAGAAGUUAAAGCGAAAAAGGUGAUUCAGAUAAAGAGAGCAGUGCGUACAGUUAUCGACGAACCGAUCCGUCAUGCCGGCCGUGACCAGAGCCCCUCCAAACGUCCGACCAGUAACAUCGUCCAUGUCAUCAAUCUGGUGCGACCUUUCACCUUACCUCAACUCAAGGAGCUCCUAGGACGCUAUGGAACUCUGUCGGCCGAUGGCUUCUGGAUCAAUAACAUCAAGUCACAUUGCUAUGCUACUUUUGAGAGCUCUGAUGGGGCGGUGGUUUGCCGCGACGCCUUGCACGGUACCACCUGGCCUAGCAGCAACCCCAAGACAUUACGGGUGGAGUUUGCUGACCUUAACGAGCUUCAGAGACACAUGGGUGUGGUCGUUGCCAAGAAGGAGGAGGUCAACAAGGCGGAGCCCGCCCGGGAGCCAGCCACCAAGGACCCCGCGGUCCGGGGCUUCUCGGCCCGCAGGGAGCGCAUCCUCCACCAGGACAGGGAGAAGGACCUGGAGCAGGAGAGAAGGACCAAGGAGCGAGAGAGGGAGAGGGAGAACUCUCGUAAGGAGAGGGAGUGGGACAGGGGCAAGGAGAGGAGCAGGUCACCCGAGAGAAGGAGGGGGCGCGUGACCCGGUCGCAAGAAAGGAGAGACAGACAUGAAGCCAUAGAAGUGAAGAAGGAAGUUGAUGAGCCCCCUGCCAAACUGUUGGACGAUCUAUUCCGCAAGACCAAAGCUACCCCAUGUAUCUACUGGCUACCUCUGACCGAAGAACAGGCCUUGGAAAGAGACAAAUCUAAAGCCAAGCUGGCCCUGAAGAGAGAAGAGAACCGCAAGAUCGCCCAGGAGGAACGCUUCAAGGGCGGACGAGAUCAAAACAGGGACGAUAACAGAAUGAGACGAGAGAGGGAACCAGAGCGCCCCCGCGCCGCCGCCAGGGAGAGGUCGUGGAGCCGCCAGAGGCGAAGCAGGAGUCGUAGCCGUGGCAACAGAAGACGAUAGAAAUUAUUGAUCGUU